UAUUAUCAACUACGCCAUUUCUCCAUAGAGAGAGUGGCUCAGAGGGUAUGUCACCCUUCCAGCUUCCAGCCAUCGUCAUUCAGGAUGCGGCUGCUAGCCCAUAAUGCCCGACGGACUAACGCACCAACGGACGGUUCUAUUUUCAAGCCGGUCUUUCAUGAAUUUUGAGAAGUCGCACGAUUUUAUGAUGGGGAAAUGUCAACUAUAUUUAUCUCUCAGCAAUUUAUUCAGUGUAUGUUUGUGUAUAGCUGGUAUAUAGCGUCACACGACGAGGCUCAACGCAUAUUCUGAGGUCUAGUUCGAUGCUUGAGGCAACGCGGCCAUAAAUUUAACUCCUGAGCCGCAGAACCAGAUAUUGCUUCGUUAAGUGAGAUCUUACCGGUUCUUGUAAGUUCCUCUAAUGCGCAAUACGCGGCGGGAAUUUGGUUGUUGGACGAACAGGAUUUCACUCCCUUUAGUGCCAAGAUUUUAUAAAAAUGUUCACGUGAAGCGUAGUUCUCUUCUCUCUUUUUUUAUUUUCACUCAAAGGACAUCUGAUUACAUUAUGAAAUCCGAUCUUGAAAUGUUAAAAAACCUUGCGAACAUUGUCCUCCUACUAUUUCGACUGGUGUCAUGAAAAGGAAUAACCUAUAAAAGGAACAUAAACGCAAACCUUUGAAGUUCUCUCCUUCAGAAAACCUUCUACUUUGACAAAGGAAUAGAUGUGAGCACUCUCUUAGGAGAAAAUCUAUACAGAUGCCCUGAAUGUAAGACCGUCAGGAAACCUGACUAAUAUUGAUAUGUUUAUAAGCGAUAAUCUCGGAAGAAAGGAAUAUUUGGAAACUCUCACUACUGUGUCAAAGUGAAAGGCUGGAAUAUCUUAAAAGGUCAUCAACAUCCCCAGCCCUGAAGAUGCUGCCCAAAUACGAGGCCUCUAGAAAGUCGCCGUACAAAGGCCUAAUCUUCACCAGCCCCCAGAGUAGGCCUACCCCCAGAGUCUACUGUGUCCUCUCCGCCUUCUUCUUCGGAGUCCUCCUGAUCACCUUGGGCGCCGUUUUCUAUAACGUCAUUCUCAUUCAGCCGUUAGGGGCACAGCACCCCAUCCACGUGCCCCCGAUGCCCAUAGCCUGUGUCCUCAUCGCCACGGGUAUUUUUAUGGUUCUUUUGAGCGUCGUCCUCGCUUGGAACCAUUUAUUUCAUUCAAGAUGCGGGUUGGACGACGGGGAGGAGUCUCUAGUGGACGACUUGUACUUCUUCGCCCAGGAUGACGUCAUCAACCAAGUAUACCAACGGCCGCAGAAUAAUCCUGCCGUCUGACCAGGACAAGUGGGUCUAUGUCUGACCAGAAGUGGGUCCUGUGUGUGACCAGAAUAAGUGGGUCCUGCGUGUGACCAAACGAUCCACAAAAAUAUCCCUUUGGCAGCCUAUGAGAAUUGCCUCAGGAGUAAUGAAUUCAAGACUCAGCGCGUUAUUCUUAGUGACGUCUCAAACGAGUUUUCAAACCAAAGAUGUAAAUAUCUGCUCCUAAUUUUAGUUUUCUUUUGGAUUAUUGUAAAUGAAGUAAAGCUAGAAAAUAGUACUUAUCACUAGAUGUAAUUUACAAACUGCCAUUCAUUUUCUUAUGUUAUGAUGUUAUGAUAGUGACUCUUUUUAUGCGCAGUGAGCCAUUGCAGUUCAUCAUCAGCACCUUUAUGUGCAAGUAGGCUGUAUAUUAAAACCUUUAUUUAUUAAAAUAUAAAAUCAUCUCUCUCUCUCUAUUCUCUCUAAUACUAUAUUUAGACGCAUCUCCUUAUUUACAUCCACGCUUUCUAUACCUAUAAACUAUUAAGCAAUGUAUGUCCAAAAAAUAUAUACUGCAUACAGCCUAAUUCUGUGUGAGAGUAUUUAUGUGUGUAUGCAAUCUAUUCAAUUAAGUGUGUACUGUGUAUUUCCUUCCACUAAUGAAAAAUCCCCUUUAACGAAAUUCCGACACAUAAUAGUAAUUUCUGUUGAGUAAUAAUAAAAGGCAUGCAUGUAGAA